AUGCUACUCCCCUCCAUCCUCUCCACGGCCCUGUCCGUCCUCCUCUUCCUCUCCCCAACCCUCACCCACGCAAUCGCUCUCCCCGCAUCUCAACCGCCAGUAUACGAAGGAACCCUAUCCCUCAUCGCCGACACCACCGGCUCAAAAGAACUUACAUUCUCCUACUCCAUCGUUUCCUCCGCGAAAAACAAUUGGGUGGGUAUAUACCCAGCCUCAGGCGGUGGACCUGUCGAAGAGAAAUAUGUUUCAAACUCCUUGGUAUGGAAGUAUAUCCCCGAUACCACCAACGGAAUAGUAAAACUCGAUGUGGGAUCUUUAGCGAACGGGGAGUAUAUUGCUUUCCUGUUGGCGAAGGAUGGGUAUAAAUGGCUGUCUAAGCCUGUUUAUGUUUCUUUACAAAAUAAUAAUAAUGGUGGGAAUGGGAAUAAUGUGGUCGGGUUUUUGGUCGAGACUGUGACGUUGAAGAAUGGUAGACAGGGUGAUGGGUAUAGCGCUAAGAUCGCGGGGUUGGUUACACCGGGGUAUAAACCAAGAUUUGAGAAGUUAUCUGGAGAUGGUUGGGUUUCUGUUAGUGCCGAUGGGGUUAUUUCUGGAGUUCCGGAUAGAACUCGAGAUUCUACUAUUACUAUCAGAGCUACGAUCCCGACGACAGGGCAAAGCAGUACUUUGAAAGCCAUGAUACCGGUCAAAAGAUCCGGUUCAUCCCUCGUCCCGGAUUUGAAAGUCAUGACAUUCAACCUCUGGUGGGGGGGUACAUACGUCAACAACUACCACGCCAAACAGAUAAAAUUCAUAAUCUCCACGAAUGUCGAUAUAAUCGGUCUUCAAGAAGCCCACGGAGGUCACGUACAACGUCUGGCCGACGCGCUAGGCUGGUAUUUCUGGCAACCAAAAUCCGGAGAUUUGGGGAUUAUUUCCAGAUACCCUAUCGUUGAAGAUUACGGACUCGCCAAUGCUUCCGGUGGUGUGAGGAUCUCGUUGGAUGGAACGGAUCAACAGGUUAACUUUUGGAAUAUGCAUUUGGGAUAUGAUCCUUACGGUCCUUAUGACUUUUGUUUCGAUAAGAUGAGUGUGGAGAAGGUGUUACAGAGGGAAGCACAGUCCGGAAGAACGCCACAGAUCGUGGAUACGCUUAAAGCUAUGGGACCACAGAUCCGACAGGCGUGGAAUAUUCCUGUCAUUCUGGUCGGUGAUGCGAAUGCUCCUUCGCAUUUGGAUUGGACCGAGGAACUUAGAUCUAAGAACUGUGGAUAUGCUAAUAUACCCUGGCCUACGUCUACCAAACCUGCUGAAGUUGGGUUGAUAGAUAGUUUUAGAAUUGCGAAUCCUAAUCCAGUUGAGGUUCCGGGGAUCACUUGGUCACCGAUUUAUCCUUUCCAUAAUGGAGGGACGGGGAAAGUGGAGCCGCAGGAUAGGAUUGAUUUUAUUUAUCAUACGGGGAGUCAGUUGCAGGUUGUGGAGUCGAAGAGUUUGGUGGUGGGACGGCCUGGGGUUCAUGGGAGUCAUAGGGAUAACGAGUGGACGUCGGAUCAUGCGGUUGUUGUUACUAGCUAUAAGUUGUAA